GUCAGCGGAAGCGCGGCGGGGUCCUUUCUGUGUGCCCGCUCGCCCCAAGGUGCCUGCGGAGCUCGGCGCCGGCCGCGCGGCGGGAGGGCGGGCGGGAGGGAGGGGGCGGCGGGAGCUUCCCCUGUGCGCCGGGCACCAUGAUGGUGGGCAGGACCAGCGCCAUCGCGGCGGGCCUUUGCGGGGCCCUUUUCAUCGGCUACUGCAUCUACUUCGACCGCAAGAGACGGAGCGACCCCAAUUUCAAGAACCGGCUGCGGGAGCGAAGGAAGAAACAGAAGCUUGCCAAAGAGAGAGCAGGGCUUUCCAAGUUGCCUGAUCUGAAAGAUGCUGAAGCAGUUCAGAAGUUUUUCCUUGAGGAGAUUCAGCUUGGCGAGGAACUACUAGCUCAAGGUGAAUAUGAGAAAGGUGUUGAUCACUUGACCAAUGCCAUUGCUGUGUGUGGGCAGCCGCAGCAGCUAUUACAAGUUCUACAGCAGACUUUACCACCUCCAGUGUUUCAAAUGCUUCUAACUAAGCUCCCUACAAUAAGCCAGAGAAUUGUAAAUGCACAGUGCUUGGCUGAAGAUGAUGUUGAAUGAGGUCACACCACAACAGGGGGAAAAAAUGUUUUCUUACCCCAGAAGAUGAGCAUCACUAGGGGCAUAAAGGGGCAAACAUAGUAGUUAAUGGACUGUGUACCACAUCGGGUUCUACCAGAGUUAAAAUUAACUUCGUGUAGGUGGGUUUUGCAGGAUUUUAUUUAUUAUCCCAGUGAAAAGUGUAUUUUGAUAAGAAUUCAUUUUAUAAAUACACUGUGUUGAGUUAUCAAAGUAUCACUAACUUCAUUAUUAUUAAAAUAUGCAGUUGUAAUGUUGUACAUAUAAAGACAUAAAACUACGACCUAUUAAAAACCCAAUGCUCAUUUUUGAAAAAACAAGGUUAUGGCAAUAAAGAUUUAUCUGCACUUGUGUGUCCCUAUAGUACUACUUUAAAUUUCAGAACAUCUGGGUGUCAGAGCAAAUGAUCUAAAAAUAACAUUAAAAUUUAUUUUUAAUGUUAAUGCUGGUCUUCCAAUGCUUUUAAGUUUAAAACCUUGUGUCAUUUCCUGAGCAAAUAGACGUGUGAUCAUUUAAACAGUAACCGAUCACCUUAGAAAGAGAUGCAAAUCAGAAUGAGAAUAGAUGGCUGGCUGCAGAAAGAAUGACAAAUCCAUUUGUCAGGAACAGUAACAUCUAAAGUGAUGCGAGUCAAAACUUUCUCUGGCAAACACGAAAGCUCUGUUAUUGCAGGUGUCUGAAAUAAAGCUGUUUGGGAUAGAACCUGGGGCAGAUUGUAAGAGCACAAAGGCUGGAGUUUUUUGAAAGCUCGAAACCUCUUUGUGAGAUAGGCAGUUAGCAUUUCAGUCUCUAGUCUUCAAGACCAUAGAAAAUGGUUGUUAACAGUCUUUGGCAUUUGUCUUAAGAAAUGAAAUUGCACUGAUAAGGUAAGAUGAUGAUAUCCCCAGGCUAAACGAGCUAAAGCUAAUGGAUUUAGAAAGAUGUUGUAAAAUCUUGGUAUGGUAUGAUACCAUAAACUUGAACUUAGGUAAGUUUUCCUUUGCCAGUGAAAAGGAGGCAAGUAAUAUACAGGCUCAAGUGAGUAACAAAAGUAUACUUCUGAAAGCAAGUUUUCCAUGGAUAUGGUGUUCUAAAUGUCAAACCAGAUUGGCUUCUACUGUUUUCUGGUUUUGUGCUAUCGCCACUCAUUUGGCAGAAGAAGCAAUGAAAAAUGCUGCUUUGUAUUUGUGGUGUGGUGACUUUUUUUAACUUAAGGAGAAAGGGAGAAUUCUUUGAGGAGUCUGUCUUUCAGAACGGCUGAUAGUUUGUGCUGAUGAUGCCGAUACAAGGUACUAGGUGGCAUAGUCCAAGUAGAAGCGAGAUACUCAGAGAGCACUUUAGCCAACAUUCCCAUCUGUCACUGUCUUUUUAGCCUGGUGUAAGUUUCUGUAAAGUCACAUUCUUCCAAACCGUAGGUCUCAGUGUUUCAGAAAUAGCCUUGCACAGAUCUUUCGAGAGGUUAAACGGAUAGUUCAUGGUCACCUAACAAUCAAGUAUCCGAGUUUGGGAGUAGAAAUCACUCUUACUGAAUCAGUCUGCUUAGGCGGUUUGCCAUGGGAGAGAGAUUUCCCCCUUAAUUCCUUGAAAAUACAAUUUCCUAAGAUUUGAGGUGCUGUCGAAUCGUCCUGUAACGCAACAAAUACUAAAGUUAAUGGCUGGUACAAACAAAAAUUUCAUGAAGAGCUGGCUGUAGUUCAGUCUUUUUGUUGUGUUUGAAUUGUUCAGGUAGCAUAAGGGAAAACUCAGUAGCCAUAAUCUUCAGGUGACAAUGGCUGGUGUGCUCUUUUCAUUUUAAUUUGUUUUAGAGGGACAAAGUUAUUCUGUACCUAGAAAACAUAAGAAAAACACUGUGAAAUUGCAGAAGGGUCUACGAUUUUUAAUGAGUACAGUGAGGCUUUCUGGAGUUCUUCUUUCUAACCCUUACAAGCAAAAAGUAAGAAUUCAUAGGUUAUGCUGGCAGAACUGUUGGCAUAUUUACCUGCUGUCCUUGCUAGUGGUGGUUGCUUCAGCGUAGUAUCUUUUUGGUUCAGCUUUUAAUGUUGUCUUAAAGUAAAUCGAACUCUUCCACCCUGCCUUGAAAAACAAACCCAAACAGCAUAAGACAGAGGUGGCACCCUUCCUUCAAACCUGAACAGUUUUCUACACUCUUUGGUAUAAUGUCAACAACUUGAAGUCACAGUUUAGUUUACAGAAAGCUCUCCUGAAGAAAAUUAUGUUUUAGCAAAGCUGGAUAUCAAUUCUGAUUCUGAUGGAAGACUUGAUGAUAGUCUGUUUAUGUCUACAAAUGAUCAUUGCUUUCAUAAACAUCAUAGACACACAUUACUUUAACCCCUUUUAGUUUUCUUGAUUCUGAAAAGUCAGAUGCAGACAAAAUUUUAGAUCGCGUAGGUUUAAAUGUAGUCUUAAGUAUAAAUUUGUUCUCAUAUUUGCUUACCCAGAAGUACCUGGUUAGUAUGCUAGAGCAAACUGAUACCUGUUUUCAGUGUCUUGGCCAAUCAGGUGGGAACGUUGAAUCCUUUUAAUAAGGCUUAAGGUGGUUUCUUUUUUUCCCCCCACAUCUCCUGAUGAAGCUAGCAACUUACAAACUGUGAAGACGUGAGGAUAUUGUCUGGAAUGAGAAUUGGCUGUUGCUCCAGCAAUGGCAGGCUGAUGCUGGUGUAGCUAGCAUGCAAAGCCCACAGAUGUAGGAGGCUGUAAUUUAGAACUGGUUUCAGCCAUCAGCAAAGUGCAGGUCAUUGGAAGUGCAGCGGUAAUGAUGGAUGUAUUGCAUCAGUUGCAGUAAUGCCGUUGUGUUAGCUGUGCAUAGUACUGUGUUUUACCUGUGCAAAUUAAAAAAAGGAGGAAGUAAGCCAUUCCAGUUGUGCAUUCGCUGCUGCUGAGCUCUGUAAUCUUAGUUUACUGCAGGUAAAACUACUAAUCUUUUUCCCAGAAAGUGCAAUCUUCCCUUCUGUGGUGCUGCAAGGACAAGGCACUUGAUUCCAGCACUAAGAGGAUUUCUCAUAAAGGAAAUUGGAGGUCUGUUUUAUGCUGGGAAGUCUCCUAGCAUCAGUUAUGAGCUUCUUGGGCAGCUUUUAUAGAAAAACCUUAGCUAGUUUCAUGAUCAUGCAGGACUACCUUUGAUGUCUCACCAUUAAGUUUUGUAGAUAAUGGAAUCGAAUCCAAAACCAGAGUGAUCAGGCACACACUGAAUCAUCUGGCACUAAUUUCCUUACCCUGGGGGAUGACGGAAUAUUAUUGUUGCCCUUAACUUGAAAAAUGGAGAAGUCCCAGCCCUGCUGUGUAGGAGGCCAGCCAGCCGUCAUCAAAGCAAAGCUCCAGCUAUUCAUGCACCCAGAAGAAUCUUUCUUAAGUUUCAUUUGUACAUCUGUUGAUGGUGUGUUUAAAGUCCCUGAGGCUGAACAGUGGCCCUACAUGACCGUUGUGUUAAAAUUAACAUGAGUUAAACUUCAAGGGAAUCUUUGAAGUGGUCACUAAGUGCUUUUAGUGAGUGUUUCAAAGGCACGUUGUACUGUACACCCAUGCUUCUGCGUUUUUAAAUAUACGGAUAUGAAAAGGGCUGAUGUGGAAAAAGAAUUUCUUCAAGGCUUCUGUUGUACCCAAGUCUUGGUUUGUUUUUUAAUGUGUGCUUACACUGACCAGUAUAGCUAACGGUCGUCUUUAUGCACUGACCAAAGGCCUGUUGCAAAGAGCUGAAACUAGUGUGUAAUUCACAAGGACUGGGCUAGCUUUCAUCAGAGGCACUCUGGAAACUGAGCUUCUGGUGUGGGUAACAGUGCUUGUUUUCUGCCUUUGUACCAAAACAGAGCCUCUCAAAGAAGAUGUGGGUAUCUGAUGCUAUUCGCGGAGGGCAGAAUUUGCCACAUCCCAUGUAUGUGUGAGUGAAGCCAUAGGAAACAGAUGGCCCUUCUGUGCUGUUUCUGUGCCCAACUGUCCAGCAUACUGGCACUAGAUAAUGGGCAGCUUUUUCAAAGUACAGUAGUUUCCACAUGUUCUUGAAAAGAAACUCCAGGUUCUCACUUCUUUCCCUGCAGUAGAGGCUUACAAGUGCUAGUUUUACAGAAUAUUUGCUGGACAUUUUUCAGUAAGGUCACUAGCCUGUUUUCCAAUUGCUGCUGUAAUCUAGUAAUCAUGAACUCCUAAAGGCUCUGUGCUAUAAGCUUUUGACUCCAGACAUGAAGUCCCAGUUCCUGUUUUGUAAAGGUCAGGCCUUGAUUUAAUGGGUUGACAUAUGUGUGUCUCUCUGCAGUGCUUGCUCACAAUUACCAUAAUUUCCCUUACGCCCUGAGGAUGUUCUUGACUCAUCUUUGGGGUGAGAGGAUGUCUGCUGGUGCUCACCCCCUGUGUGAUAGUUGCUGAAUGGAGUGUUGUUGCAGCUAGCCCAGUGUUGCUACAGCCUGCAAAUUUGCCCAGGUGGUCCAUGCUGCAAGACAGUUAUGAAUGGCUUUCAUGUAUGAAAUUGAUACUGUGCAUGGAGGCAGAAAGCAGCUGAAAUCAGAUAGUUCCACUUCUUCGCAACUUGGACCCUUGCAACUGAAAACCGAUUUGGUCACGCAAUCAUUUAUUUGAGCAGGUCUUAAUCUGAACAGCAGAGGGCAGUUGUGCACACACUUUCUGUGCAAGCUCAUCCUGCAAAAUCCUGGUUUUUAGAAAUCUUCGUGUCUGGUGAGGUGAUGCAAUGCAGCAUUUUGUCCAGACAAAUUUGGUACAAUGUAUAAGACAGGAUUGGUGGGGCAGCAGUGGCACGUGUUUCUACUGAUACCUAAUUUUGGCUUCUAAAAUUCUGUUUGGUUUGUAGUGAUGGCAUGACUGGAAGGAUUUUCCUUUUCUUUCUCUCCAUCCCUCAACACAAACCAGGUAGAUAUAUAAGCAUUGUACAAGUAAAACUCUGCAACAAAAUGCAACUGAAUCUCAUUCCCAGGUAUGCAAGAGAGGAGUUUUCUCUUGCCUAGCUGUGAUUUUCCUGGAUGAGCUUUGCUGGCUAGAGUAAAGGAGAGCACCUGUUAACUGCAGUAGGGGUGGAAGAGACUGCCUGGAGUUGGGCUCUGGCCGUGAUGGCCCCUGUGUGGAGGCCUAACCAAAACAAAAGAAAGGGGGGGACACAUUAGGAUGUUGUAGGUUGGUGACAGGAUGCAGUUUCGCUGCUGAUUGAAUUUCGGCUUAAGGUGACAAAACCUACUCACCCUGUUGCAAUCCUGUAGCUGUCAUGAAGUGAGCUGCUGAGGUCUCUCUCAUGGCUUGAGGCAGCUAUUUGUGCUGAAACUAAAUCUUAACUGCUCCUGUACCUCAGAAGUGCUUUUUCUUUGCUUCCUGGGCUGUAUUUGCAGUGUAUGUUUAUGCCAUACAAAUAAAUGGAAGUUUUCAGCCCUUGUAGCUGUCGUUCAGCAUUUUUCCAAACAUUCAACUUGUUAGUAAGAAAUUCUUCAAGGUCUGCUUAAAACAUGGCAAGAAUCUAGAGAGAGUGAGCUGUUUAUUAAAAUAUAUUGUCUCUGCAAACUGUGCUUCUCCUUUCUUAGGUCAGUGUGGAUAUCUUACACCCUGUAAGAUAGCCUGGAAGAUACAGAAAUUUGCUAUAACAAACCAAUCUUUGCCUGUUUUGGCGUGUAUGUAAAAGAGCAUUUCCUGGAGCUCUGAAACAACCUGGUUAGCAUCUUUUGUUGUGUUUAAUAUUUAAUUAGAAGGAAUGUAUAUUCAGCUUUGAUGAUUAAAAUGACAAUGAUUAUUGCAUGAAUUUGUUAAUUAUAAUGCAAUGACAAAUUAAAUGGAAAAAUGGAGAAAAGGGAUUCUUGAGCAAGCAUGUUCUUUGAGAAAC